AUGAACACCCGCCAAGUUAUUGACGAGUCUAUUGGGCCGUAUUCGCUGUCUGCGGCCUUCAACAGUGACAGCAGCUGUUUCUCAGUGGGCUUGAACUCUGGAUUUUGUGGUAAGCGUUCGUGCGCGCAGCUUGACGAGGCUGUCGAGGAGCUUCAAACAAUGCAGCCGAGGCUAAGAAAGGGUUAUUGUUCAGUGUUCAAUGCGAAUCCGUGCGAGCUCAAGGUUUCUCGAGAUUUCAAUGCAGGAAUCGGCCUGGUUGAAAUGCUUGGCCAGUCAAACUAUCUUGCGAUUGUCGGUGGAGGACGAAACCCCAAAUUUCCCCAGAACAAACUCGUUAUCUGGGACGACGCAAAGCAAAAAGCCGCCAUAACCCUCGAAUUCCGCACCUCCGUCCUCGGUGUUCGCCUCUCCAAGUCCAGGAUCGUGGUUGCGCUCUUGAACAGCAUCCAUGUAUUUGCAUUCUCGACACCUCCACAAAAACUAUCUGUAUUCGAGACUUCAGAUAACCCGCUGGGACUGGCCUGUCUGGGCCAGAAGCUGCUUGCUUUCCCAGGCCGGUCCCCGGGACAGGUGCAAGUCGUCGAGCUGGAGACGGGCAAUAUCACCAUUAUACCAGCACAUAGCUCUCCCUUGCGCGCCAUGACACUGAGCCCUGACGGGGAAGUGCUUGCAACUGCCAGCGAAGCUGUGAGGAUCUCACUGGCGGGAACGUUGAUCCGUGUGUUUUCUACAGGGAAUUGCACCAAGCUGGCAGAGCUGCGCCGAGGUGUGGACCAUGCGGUAAUAUUCUCUCUUUCAUUCUCUCCAUCCAAUACCCUUCUAGCAGUAACUUCCGACAAAUCAACACUCCACAUCUUCGAUAUACCCCACCCUCACCUCGCCCACCGGAGCCAGUCGCCCACUUCUGCAACUGAGGAGGGGACGAAUCAGAAAUGGGGCAUCUUAGGCAGACUACCUCUGCUACCGCGAGUAUUCUCCGAUGUAUACUCUUUUGCCAGUGCGCAUUUUGAGAUUGGGGAUGAGGCAACGCCAGGGUCACCGUAUGCGACGCCCAUGGGCACAUCGAUGGGGCGCCCUCCCAAAGGUGUCAUUGGGUGGAUGGAUAAUCGGACUCUUUUGGUGAUUGGAUCUGGCCAGGAUGGGCGUUGGGAGAAGUUCAUUCUGCGGGAUGGUGAUGAUGGAAAGCGAUACUGCAUGCGCGACGGUUGGAAACGAUAUCUGGGGGGCUGA